AUGGACUUCUACCCUGAAGGUCUCGACCCCAUCCUGGUGAAUGUGAAGAAAAAUGAGAUCCUUUCCCGCCAGAUCCACGGCAAAGUGGCGGUGGUAAUCUUCUUUUUCACCGUGUUCUGCUACGGCUACGCAUGGGGGCUUGAGCUGACGCUUAGAAACGUAUUCCAGGUGACAGCCGCCCUGGCUCUCCGAAGCCACUCGCUUCUGUCGACGGUGAAUGUCAUUCGUUCCGUGGUGGCAGCCGCAAUCAACUUGGUGGUGGCGCGGACGUCAGACACGUUUGGCCGGCUCCAGGUGAUUGUCGUCGCCAUCAUCAUCGCCCUGGUGGGCAAUAUCGUCAGUUCUCAAGCCACCGACAUCGCCUACUUCUCCGUGGGGACUGCAAUCCACCAAGUGGGGAUCAGUGGGAUGAUGACCACCUCCCAGCUCUUGGUCAUGGACAACUCGACGAUGAAGUGGCGGAUGGCGUGUGCGUUGAUUCCCGAUAUGUCUGUGAUCAUCAAUACCUGGGUUUCCGGUAACAUCACCGACACCAUCGGCACCCGCUGGCGGUGGGGGAUUGCGAUGUGGGCGUUCAUUUUACCCUUGGCCUGUGUCCCCUUGGGUGCCGUAAUGUUGUACAUGGAGAUCAAAGCUCGGCGAACCGAGGAGUGGCAAGAACUCCAGCGCCAAUACGAUGAAGCUAAGCGAGUACGCAACGCGGGGAAGCUGUGGGUCAAAGUGUGGUGGGAGUACUUGGUCGACGUCACCGAGAGACUCGACAUCAUUGGCUCCAUCCUCACCAUGGCGAUGUUUGGUCUUAUUCUCGCCCCGUUCACUCUUGCUGGGGGUGCCAAACUGCAAUGGGGCAAAGCCAAGAUUCUCGCUCCCAUGAUUAUCGGGUUCUCCAUGAUUCCCUUCGUCAUGCUUUAUGAGUUCAAGGUUGCCAAAUAUCCGCUUUUGCCCCACCGCAUCUUGACCAUCCCCAGUAUCUGGGCAGGUUCCGUACUUGCCAUGCUCCAAAACAUCGUCCUGUGGAUGCCCGCCGACUAUAUGUUCACCCUCCUCAUUAUUGGCGUUAACCAGUCGAUCGAGCUGGCGACGAGAAUCCAGUCACUUACCCUCUUUGUCUCGACCUUGACCGGGACGGUGGUGGGUCUUUUUGUGGUGUACUACCGCCACACCAAACCUUUAAUCAUCUUUGGCGUGUGCACGUGGUUUAUCGCUGCCGGUCUCUUAGUGAGAUACCGUACUGGACUUGACGCCUACGGCGGCUAUCUUGGUGGUACCAUCCUUUUCGGGUUGGGGCUUGGGUUCAUGCACUACUCGACCCUCACGGCGAUGCAGCUGUACGUGAAGCACGAGGACAUGGCGAUGGUGACGGCGUUCCAUCUUCUGAUGUACUAUUUCGGUAUGGGGAUCGGGUCGUCGAUUCUGGGGGCAGUGUGGACGCAGACGAUGGAGAAACAGCUCAUCAAGCACUUGGGCGACCCCCAGCUCGCGGCAGAGGCGUAUAAGCUGCCGUUUGAGUUCAUUAAGGACCACCCCUGGGGCACCGAGGUCCGCUACAACAUGGUGAUGGCGUACGACCACGUCCAGUGGGUGCUCUGUGUGGUGGCGGUGUGUCUUGUGGCGCCGAUGUUGUUUGCGGCAUUGUGUAUCAAGGACAAUUACCUUGCCAAUAAGCGGUCGUUGGAUGGGGAAGAAGGGACGGCGAUGCCGACGUUGGCGUGGUUCAGACGUAAACCGAGUAAGGAGAAGCCGAUGGAGGCGUCGCUGGAGUCUCCGGAGGCACCGUCGGAAGUCGAGUCACAUCUUUCAGAGAAGAAGUAG